UUUUUAUCACUCAAUUGUUAGCUAUCAUGAGAGCAGUCCUGUUGUAUUUUUUCUCCUUGAGCCUAUGUACUCUACAAUGCCAGGCGCAAAUUUUUCGAGUGGCAAAUACCUACCAAAGUAACAUGGUGCUGCAGCAAAGUCCGAAGAGGGCUAAAAUAUGGGGUUUUGGUCAAAUAGGGGCUGUGGUCACUGUUACAAUGGACCAAUUCACAGACACUUUGAACGUUGGGGGUAAUGCAAUUUGGUCAUUUACUUUACCACCACAGCCGUCAGGAGGACCGCGUUCAAUAUCUAUAGAACACAAUGUUCCGCAAGGGGCCAGGUCAACAGUCUUAUUGGAAAACAUCGUGUUCGGAGAUGUUUGGCUUUGCGCUGGGGAAGGAAAUAUGCAGUUUCCAAUGAGAAAUAUUUUUAAUUCAACAUUAGAAAUUGAAAAUGCGGUGAAGUACAGCGAAAAAAUUCGCACCGCACAACUAGAGUCAAGAACCUCAGACUCUGAGCUCGAUGAACAAUACCCUUAUAGGACAAUUUGGAGCAAACUGGAGACUGCGAGUGUGGCCGACUUUUCUGCCGUUUGCUUACUGUACGCGAUAAGGCUGCUCGAUGAAGUGCCUGACCACGCGCCAAUUGGUUUAAUUCAGGCUACGUAUGAACAUUCAAACAUCGAGGCAUGGGUUUCAAAGAGAGUAAUAAAUGUCUGCAAUUCUACGUUUAGUCCAGAAUAUGGACAGGGAUUAUUAAAAGAGCAUUCAAUCUGGAAUGCAAUGAUUCACCCUCUUACAAAAAAUUCGCUGAAGGGAGUAAUUUGGUACCAAGGAGAAAGCAAUGUUAAUUACAACUUGCCGUACUACACUUGCCAUUUUAAAAAUCUAACUUUCGAUUGGUCUUAUACAUUCUUUGACGGCACUGUGCCGACACACACUGAUGGAUGGGCAUUUCCUUUUGGUUUUGUACAGCUGGGGCCGAUGGAAAGUGAAAUUGAGCAAUUUGACCAACUGAUUUCUCACUUGCGGCUGCACCAAACGUUUGACACGGAAGUGGCACCAAAUAAUUAUAACAACGAAACAUUUAUGGCGCCUGCUUACGACCUUUAUGACGGAACAUCGCCUUACGGAAGUAUUUACUACAGGGAUAAGCAAACAGUGGCAAAAAGGCUUGCUAACUCUUUUGUGUUUUUGUACUACGACCGCUUUGAUCUUGAGUUCGUUGGACCCAUUCCAUCAAUUUAUAAGCUUGAUACUUUUUGCACUGCAACCUUUGGCUGGAAAGUGAAAUUUAAUGGGCAAGCAGGAGAUCCGUCUGGAUUUUUUUUUAAGAGAAGAAACGGAAUUUGGAUCGAAGCGCCGAUUUUCAACAUCACUUCGGACACAAUGACAUUUGAGGUAGAAGAACUUGCCACCGAAUUGGCCUACGGAUGGUCGGCGCGCCAGUGCGAAUACAAAAUGUGCCCGAUAUACUCCAUUGAUCGCGGGCCCGAUGGCCUGCCAGCGAUAAUUAUGUCAUUUUCCCUCUACACAUAUCCUUAGAAUUUGAGAAAUAAAAAUUGAGAUUAUGCCUAGCCUGUGAGGUUUUAGAUAACUGAUUAAAUGAUUGCAAAAGACAGCAUAGUUUCAAAAUUUAAUGACAUCUGAUGUCAUU